AUGAUGCGACACUGCACCUGCACGCCCAGUAACCCUGGAAUCUAUGAAGUAUCACACAAUACUACAGAGUUUUUUAUGCUGGAACUCUCCCAGAAGCCAGAGGCCCAGAGAAUUCUCUUUAUGGUUUUCUUGGUUAUCUACACAGUCACAGUGUGUGGCAACAUGCUCACUGUGGUCACUAUCACUUUCAGCUCCAGCCUGGCUACCCCCAUGUACUUUUUCUUUUCCAAUCUAUCCUUUAUUGAUGGUUAUUCCUCUUCUUUGGCCCCUAAACUCAUUGCUGACUCCUUGUAUGAGGGGACAACUCUUUCUUAUGAGGGGUGCAUGGCCCAGCUCUUUGAAGCUCAUUUCCUGGGAGGUGUUGAGAUCAUCUUGCUCAUGGUGAUGGCCUAUGACUGCCAUGUAGCCAUCUGCAAGCCCCUGUAAUAUACCACCACCAUGACAAGUCACCUCUGUGUUGUGCUGGUGGUAGUGGUGUGGCUGGGUGGCUUCCUGCAUUCAUUGGUUCAAAUCCUUUUGAUUUUUCAGUGGCCCGUCUGUGGACCCAAUGUAAUUAAUCACUUUGUGUGUGACUUAUACCUUUUACUGGAGCUGGCUUGCACUGACACAUAUGUCACUGGAAUGCUGGUGAUGGCCAACAGUGGUGUGAUCUGCCUGCUGAACUUCCUCAUGCUGGCUGCCUCGUACCUUGUCAUACUGCACUCCUUGAAGUUCCACAGUACAGAGGGGAGAUGGAAAGCUCUGUCUACCUGUGGGGCCCACUUCAUUGUUGUCACUUUGUUCUUUGUGCCCUGUAUAUUUAGUUCUAUGCGUCCAUCAACUACGUUAUCUAUAAACAAAAACAUGGCAGUAUUUUAUGGUAUUCUGACACCCAUGUUGAAUCCACUCAUUUAUACUCUGAGAAAUGAAGAGGUGAAAAAUACCAUGAGACAGCUCUUCACAUGCUCAGAAAUCAUUAAUACCUGA